AUGCCCUUCGAUAUUAUUCCUCCUUAUCAAUCGCAUUAUAAACCGACCUCUCAAUGACUACUCACGCCGACUUCAACGACACCACGACGGCGGAGGAGGUCGUGGCCGUGUUCGCGGACCAGAUCGCGGGCCGCACAGUUGCGAUCACCGGGCCCUCCGUAGGCGGCAUUGGCUUUGAGACGGCACGCGCCAUCGCGAGCCAAGGCGCCUCGGUCAUCCUCGUGGGGCGGAGCAUGGACAAAUUGGAGGAGGCGCGCGACACGAUCUUGCAGCAAACGCCUGGCGCGUCGCUCGCCCUCGUCACGCUCGACUUGGGCUCGCUCGCGUCUGUCCGUGCCGGCGCGGCGGAGAUCGCCAAGGCCGCUGGCGGGCGGCUCGACGUGCUGAUCAACAACGCGGGCGUGAUGAUGACGCCGUUCAGCCACACCGUCGACGGCUUCGAGACGCAGUGGGGCACCAACUACGUCGGCCCGUGGCUGCUCACCAACCUCUUGCUGCCGGCGCUGCUUGCUGCUCCAUCCCCGCGCGUCGUGUUCGUCAGCUCGGCCGGCCACCGCACCACCGACAUCCGGUGGGACGACCCCAACUUUGCACGCGGAUACGACGGCCUGCUCGCGUAUGGGCAGGGUAAGACGGGCGCCAACCUCAACGCUGUGGCGCUUGCGGCCAAGUUCCCGCGGCUCACGGCCAUCUCCCUGCAUCCCGGCGGCAUACAGACCAACCUCAUGAACCACCUUACGGCGGCGGACAUGCCGGCGCUCAGCGACAUGCUCGAGGCGGACGGGAGCAGCAAAAGCAGCUGGAAGACGCCGAGCCAGGGCGCUGCUACUACCCUCGUCGCAGCCUUCGACCCCAAGCUCACGGAAGUCAAUGGGACGUAUCUCGUCGACUGCCAGAUCGCCGAACUCAAGGAGACCGGGCCGAGCCCGGGUAAGAGCAUGGCCGAGCUCACUUAUGUCGCGCCAUACUCGCUUGACCCUGUGCGCGCGGAGCGUCUCUGGCGCAUGACCGAGGAGAUUGUUGGGGAGAAGUUUGGGCCAGAGGAUGUGAAGCCGACAGCAACUGCGUAGAAGCUAGACCCCGCAUUGAUCCAGCCAUGCAUAAGAGUACAAAUCAA